AUGACGACCACCACCCCCCAGCUGGUUCUUCCCUCCAACGUUGCCCCUCUCUACGCGGCCGAUACCCUGUCUCAUCCUGCUAAGCAACAGCAGCUGCACCAGCAACAACUGCACCAGCAUCAGCAGCAGCAACAACAACAACAGAAGCAACAGCAACAACUCCCCUCAUCAUUGCAGCCUCUCAACACUCAACCCUUCCAUCCGACAACUGGCUCGCCUCAGUCGGACAACCAGGCUGGUCUCCCUAACCCCAGUCACCAUCAUACCCAGCUUUACCCCCUUGCCCACCACGACAACCCGGGAGACUAUUCUCAACCGAGCAGUAUGAUGAUGUCGCAGGCCACUUCUCACCACUUUGAUCACCAUCUUCCCCAGCAACCCUCUUCACAUCUCAACCAUCAAAAUCAUCACCGGCAUGUCAGCAACGCCAGCAGCAUCAGCUCGCUCAGCUCCAACCAAUCCCACUAUGACCCUUCCCAGUACUCCCAGAACUACCCCGUGCCGGUCUCCUAUACCGGCAGCGUUUCAGCCGACGCUGCCUUUGGUGGCGUCCCCGUCUCCGCUGAUGCCUACCAUCAGUUCCCCGGGCAACACCAGCGUUCAUCCUCAACCUCUUCCUCCUCCUCCCCAUACACAGAGCCUACCUCAGUAUCUGAAGGCAAUUCUCCCGAAGGCUUAGGUCCAGGCUCGGGUGUAUCCGGGGGCCGAAAAGCCUCCAACAUCCAGAUGAUGCGUCGCGCCCGGGCCCAAGCAAGCCCUUACAGCGUCCGCACCGACCAAGUCUCUUGGAACGGCAAUGAUUCGUCCACUAAUUGCAGCACAUCCAAUCUCCUGCGAAGCCACAGCGUGGCCAGUGAUGCGCCCUCGAAUACCGAGGAAGAGCUUGCGCAGCUUCUCCGAUCACAGUCUCGUGAGAGCUCUGUUGUGUCGGAUUGGAACCUGAACCCUCAGUCAAAUCAAUGCAGCUCCUCGGCGCCUCAUCACCACCAAACCGGCCUCGGCCCGGCGGGUACCUUCAUGGACCCGUAUGCUGCCGUUGCCAACGUCCAUGGGCACUCCAGUGCCUAUGGCAACACCACUCUCUCAAUGAAUGGUGCGGGCUCCAAUGGGAUCGGCGUGAUGAAUGGCGCAAAUGGCAUGUCUAAUACCUCUAUGGUCGGGGGAAUGGGUGCACGGAUGGGCCGGAUGACAUUGGAUAGUACGGAGACUUACGAGGCUCUGGCUCACCACAUUCGCACAGCAGUAACUACUUCUGCAUCCGACAGAGCUCGCCAGGCAUUUGUCCAAGCAUGGCUCAAUUCUUCUUACAUCUCUUACACCGAUGGCAAUGUAUCCCGUCAGGGGCUGUAUGGAUCAUAUCUUCGUAUAUGUCAACAGUAUGACAUUAAACCCAUCAACUCAGCCAGCUUCGGAAAAUCCGUGCGACAGAGCUUUCCUAACAUCAAAACUCGGCGACUGGGUGUGCGAGGCAACUCGAAAUACCACUACUGUGGCAUUCGUCCAGCUACGGCCAAAGAAGCCGAGAUCUUGAUGAAUCUCAGUCAAAGUGAGAAGCCAGAACCGGCCCACAAUGGCAACACUCCCUCCUCGGCGGACGAUGACGUGGAUUCGGAUGACAGUCCGAGUCGUCGGGUCAGCGUCCAGCCCAGCAACUUGUCUGUUGACGACGGGUAUCAGGGCAUGAUGUCGCUAGAUGGCGAUGGCCAACAGCCACAGACACCCAGGACCGCUCGGCCAAGCAUGUCAUCCCUGGCAAGCUCCCAGCCGCUGUCUCACCACACCUCGGAUUCAAAUGGCUCAGACUUCAGAACACCCAUGGCGUUGCCGAGCUUGGACGAGGUGCUCAAUCAACCCCUUUCUCACGAUCUUGAUCAUCAGAAGGCUAGGGAAUUCUGGAGCAUGUAUGUUGAUCAUUCCAAAAACCUCUUGGAUUCCGUCAAGAGUUAUCGGUUUGAUCAAUUCGAACUCGCCUUGCGGACGUUUUGGACCAGCAUGGAUUCCGCUUCGCGGGAAUGUGUUACCCACUCACUGAUGAUGAGCCUGAUUUAUCGAGCGGAUGCCGUUGUUUACGAUGAAAUAUUGGAUUAUCUGCAUUCACAAACGUUGAAUCAGAUGCCUCAACAGGCAUUUGGCUCUCUACGACAGCUUGCCCAGAACAUGGAACAAGUGAUAAUCGCGGCGCUGGAAAACUUUCCAAGCACGUUUGUUGGUCCGAAGAUUGAAUUGGCUGCCCGAUUUGGCCAUUUGGUAGUCCGCAACUUGGGGAUCUGUCAACUUGCUCAGGCUUUGUCAGGGAUCUUUAGCAACCCGGCCAAUCUGAAAGACAUGGCGGAGGCCUGGGAUGGGAUCGACUUUGAGGCAGUCCGGAACCAGGCCGCCUUGGUUACCAAUUGCCAGCACGAAAUUCUGGGUGGAUGUUUUGACGAGUUCCGGGCAAUCCUCAACAACCCUCACGUGACGAUUGACCAUUUCAUCUCCUUCGUCGAAGCCACCUACAAGCGUUGUCUCCAGCCAAGCGCAGACGGCGAACGUGCUCUCAGUCCUAGGUCCUUGCUAGUCCGCUGGUGCUUUGUCAGCUCCCAGCUCAUCCGUGACUUGACCCUCCGAUCGGCCUCCAGCUUUGGCUCCUUCCAGAUCGUCAAUCUUUUCUUCGACGAGUGGCUCGGCUUCAAGGUCCUUCGCAAGGUGGCUCUGCACGUUGCCGCCGUCGCCGCUUCCGUCGACACAACUUCGUCUACCCAGCAUCAAUCAAUGGGCUCGGAGUCAGCCAUGUAUCCUGCAGAAAGCUCCAACCAACAAGCCACCUUCCAAGGAUUCACUGUCCCAGCGAACGAGGUCCUGAAUCCAGGGAUGGCUAACUCGGCGGUGGACAAUGACGUUGCCCAUCCGGGAACCGAUGGCUUUCUGUUUUCGCCCAACACCUCGCAAGCGUUUGCCAUAGCCCAGCAGCAAGCGCAGGGACGUAACGGCUGUCUGACGUCGCCAGACGCAAGUGGCGGUGCCGACCAGACGGUGAUCUUCAACCCUUCCGGGGGCCCGAGCUCGCUCUACGCCACCAACGGUGACACGCUCGGCGGCCUUCACCCCGAUGAAUCCUCCAGGUCGGCCGAGCAGGCCUCGGACCGGGCCGCCACCCAUCCCUCACCUAGCGGAGCGCUCUCCUCUAAUCCUGAAUCCGGUAACCCCACCUUUGAUGAUAAUACCUUCAAGGAACUCAUGGACGUCACCGGCUUCUCGAUGACUAUCAAGAACCCUUCCGCCGAUAACCCUCAGCCUGGCGCAGCCACCGAAACAACCGAGCCGCUCUCUCAACCUGGAGAAGAGUGA